CCUUCAACAACUGCCCCACCUUCAACAACUGCCCCACCCUCAACAACUGCCCCACCUUCAACAACCAAGGAGGUAACAACAGUUGUGACUUCUACCCCUGAAUCUACCACAAAGGAAGUCACCACAGUGGAGUCCACAACAGAAACCUCAACGACAGAAGCUAAAACCACUGUUGUGAGUACUACUGUUACUUCUACUGUACCAUCAACUACUGAGGCACCAUCAACUACUGAGGAGGUGACAACCACUGUUGUGUACACAACUACUCCAGAGUCAACUACUGUUGAAGAGACGACUACAGUACAAAGCACCACUGAAGAAAGUACAACUGAAGCCCCAUCAACUACGGAGAGGAUUACUACCCGUUUGUCAACCACAGAAGUGCCCUCAACCACGUCUAAGCCUUCAACCACCGAGGAAGUCACCACUUUUGUUGUCACAACGACACCUGAAUCAACCACAAAAGAGACAACUACAAUACAGACAACAGAAGUGACAACUAUCCUGCCCACGUCGACAACACCUGGGAUAUGCGAAGAUAAUCUUGACAAUAAUCCGAAUGUGACAAUAACACGAGAGGAUACAGAAACGGGCAACAGCUUAACACCUGCAGAUUGGUGGCACCCUAGCAAUCCACCAACUAACGACGCCAUGCCUUACAGCGGAUCAUGCUUGGAGGCUACUUUUAGCCCACGAGUUAACAUCACGUCCGUCAUCAUCAAAACUGAGCAGGACCCACCUGGAAACGUUAUAACCAUUUCUUUCAAGUUUCAGCCGGGUGACAGGCUACACUACUACCCUGUAGUAGAUGAACAUGGUUCUCGUAUCUUUAUUGGCAAAACAGAUCAAAAGAUCUAUCUACCAUCCAGUAUGACGUUGGUGACGGGACUCAAAGUUUGCAUCAUCACCUCAAACCCAGAUGGUUACAAAGUGAUUUUCAACGGAUGUGAACAUGAAGUUACUACAACCGAGACACCAACAACUGAAUCACCAACCACAAAAGAGUCAACAACACAGGUAUCAACAACCGUUAAAACAACCACAACAUCAACAACAGCUUCACCUACAACAACUGAAAAAGCUUCAACAACAAUUGUUUUAUUCACGACUCCAGAGGCAACUACAACGCGGGAGAUUACCACAUUUUUGACAACAACAGAGGAGACGACUACUGAAAAGUCAACUACUCUGGUGACAACGAGGCACGCUCCUACAACCACCGCUCCUGUACCCACAACAACUGAGGUCUUGACAACAACUUUGAAGACCACAACACCUCAGGCAACCACAAUAGAGUCAACCACAGUUGAAACAACAUCUGCCCCCACCUCAACAGCCUUACCAACUACAACUCAAGCACCAACAACUAUUGCAACCACAAAGCCAUCAACUACUACUCGUGAGUAUGUUUGUGAUGAUGACAUGGAUGAAGACUACGUGCCAGUAACGGUUCGUCGACGCCCUUCUGAAUCGGAGAUACCAAUUUUACCAGAUGAGGGGUGGAUUCCUCCCGAUAUACCAAUGCCUGAAGACGAAGAGGAUGUUUACUUCAGACGUCAUCUGGUUGUUGAAUUCACUCCAAGUGUCAAUAUCACGUCCAUCAUAAUUUAUCCCCAAAAUGGCUUGGAACGACCUAUCAGCGUGGCUUUCACAUUUAUUCCGACUGGUUCUACAUCCACCAUGGAUAUGAUAAGUGAAGAUGACAACCGUAUCUUCUAUGGCUUUGCGGGGGAGAAGCUUUAUCUUCCUAAAGGCACUCCGUUUUUGUGGCGUUUGAACAUCUAUAUUGUGUCUGGAUCUGAUGUUAGCAGGAAUACUAGCUACACCGUAUCUUUGAGGGGAUGUGAAGAAACAGUUCCGAUAACAACACUGAAGACAACUACAAAAGCACCAACAACAAUACUAACAACAGUGGAAGCUUCAACUACAAAGGCAUCAACCACCAAGGCAUCAACAACAGAGGCAUUGACAACAGAGGCAUCGACAACAGAGGCUUUGACUACAAAAGCAUCAACAACAGAGGCAUCAACUACUGAAUUAUUGACAACAGAGGCAUCUACAACAAGGUUGUCAACAACAGAGGCGUCAACCACCACACUGCCAACAACAAAAGCAACAACUGAAGUGACAACAGUGAUUUCCACCACACAACCAACAACAACGCGCAGAACAACUACUGUCAUCAAUACGACGCCUGAAUUAACAACAACAAGACGUACAACAACUGAAGUCACAACUGUUCCUCAUACAACAGCAUGUGUACCUAGGUACGAAAGGGUGUGUACUUGGACAGACUGGCUGGAUGAUGAAGUUGAUGGCAAAAAAGUUGUUGACUUCAACUAUGAAUUUGAACUAAUUGAUGACCUGAGACAGUUGUAUGAUAUCUGUGAAACACCAUCUGACAUCAGGUGUGCCAUGAAGUCCAACAAGGAUAUACCCAGUUCCAGUACAGGCCAGCAGGUGAACUGUAGUCGAGUUGAUGGACUCCGAUGCUUUCAUGCUGAUCAUGCCGACUUGUUUCCAAGUAGAUGUUUUGAUUAUGUCAUCCGAUUGGAGUGUUGCCAGGAUGUACCAUAUGGAUGCGAGUUGACAACUCCAUUGCCAAGCACCACAGUGGCACCAACUAAUACUCCUCUUACUACUACAGCUCCAAGUACAACCGAAUCCCACCAGUGCCCCAUAGGUCUUGUCUAUAAAGACUGCAGCUGUCACGUGGAUUGUCUGGCCAUGGCCCAGUACCCCGGGGGACGCCCACCUCUCAUCAUUGAGUGUAAUCGCACCACAUGUAUUCCUGGCUGCAUUUGUCCUGAGGGUCAAGUGGUGUAUAACAACACCUGCAUAGACAGAGAAAGGUGUCCUUGUUACUUCAAUGGAACAUUCUAUGAGUAUGGGGAAACUGUCAUUAUAGAUGACUGCCACUCAGCCAUAUGUGACCAAAGAGUUGUAGACAUAGAUGACCCAGAGAAUCUGAUUCAGACCUGCAAUCUGGAGUGUCCUGACGGCCAGCUCAUCGAGGAAAAACCAGGGGAGUGCUGCAAGUGCAUUCCAGAUUGUGGGCCAAUGGAGUAUCAAGAAUGUGCCUGCCACCGUACCUGCGACCAACAACUGGUACCCUGCCCAUCCGAGUGCACUCCUGGCUGCAGUUGUCCUGAAGGCCAGUACUGGAAUGGCACAGAGUGUGUUGUCGAUUGCCCAUGUGAAUUCGAGGAUCACAAAGUUGACAAAGUGUGGUACGAAGGCAAUUGUACGAUGUGCAAAUGGGUGAACCAAACCCUCUGUGAAACAAGCUGCGGGGAAUAUUGUGGUGAAACUUGUCCUGAAGGCUAUCGACUGGUGAAUGAGUUACCCAAUGAUUUGGUUUGUUGCCACUGCAUUCCAAUAGAUGGUUGUCGGUAUGUACAUGAUCCUCCUAUGGUCUACAGAGAGAUUGGUGAGGUAUGGCAUCCUGAUAAGUGCACAGUCUGUGUAUGUGAAGAGUCAAAAACGGUGAUGUGUAAUACUACAUCAUGCUCCCCAGCUCCAUGUCAAAAUCCAAUAGACGAUCCAAAUAUUUGCUGUCCUUAUUGUCACAUUACAACACCAGUCCCAACGACUUUGCUAUCAACGACUUUGCUAUCAACGACAAAAGCAUCUACAACCCAACAAACAACUCCUCCUGCCACCACUCCGGGCAUCACAAUUUGCCCGGACUACUGCCAUGUUGACGAAGAAAUAGAAUGUGACAGACAGUACUUUGUGGGAGGCAACAGACCAUUUGAUGAGAACUUCCUGUGCACCACUAUCCUCCCAACCUUUGAUCCAGAUUGCAAAUGUAAAGAGGGAUAUUACAAAGAUGGCCCCAAUGGAGACAUUGACAGCAUAUACAUGUUCCAUUAUGGUACAUUUAUGUGCUUACGCUUGGAAGAGAACUGUGAUUGCUCUGAUGAGCUCGGUAAUUAUUAUGAGGAGGGCUACUCCUAUAUCAGGGACAACUGUGAAAAUUGCACGUGUCGUUUUAACUUCGUGCUAUCGCAAUACUAUUUUGACUGCGUAAAUGACAUCAAUCUUCCCACCUGUACAGUCACAACUGUGCCACCCACAACUGUACGAACUACUGCUACCCAAGCACCAACAACAACUGCGCUUCCUACAACACCAGGUACACUUGCACCAACCACCACACCUGGUACUACUCCUUUCAUACCAGAUUGCGACGACGAGUGUCACAUUGUGGAACCAAUUCCGUGUGAAGAUCAAGACUAUAACAAUUACAAUCAACAGUCCCCUCCUUUCACAACAGACAUCUUUUGUAAUCCCAGUUUUGCGCAUUUUAUGGAUUACCCCAUACCAUGUAAGUGCAAAGAAGGGUAUCUCCGAGACUACAGCGAUGGCCUGAAUGAAAAAUUCCUGCAAUACCACAUUGGCUUCGCCUGGGACACAUAUAUGUGUGUGAAAAUCGAGCAACCUUGUGGGGGACCUUGUGUUCUCAAUAAUAAAACUUACGAGCCUGGAGAUCAAGUCCAAAUUGGAUGCGAGCUUUGCAAAUGCGAGUUGGACUUUUCUGGAAGCAGUGAGGACAUUAAAUAUGAGAUGAUCUGUAAUCCUAUCCCUGGAUGUACAACAACACCAGGAGUAACCACGACUGUAGUAACAACACAUAGAACAACACCAUCGAUAACAACUACACAGAAGCCAACGACUACCAUAAGGUCAACAACAACCAUCCCAUCAACCACAACUCUGAGGUCAACCACAGCUAGUCCAACGACCACCAUAAGGUCAACAACAUUACCGUCAACCACAGCUGUCAGGUCUACUACCACUGUUCCAACAACCACCAUAAGGUCCACAACAUUACCGUCAACCACAACUCUUAGGUCAACUACCACUAUUCCAACAACCACCAUAAGGUCCACAACGUUACCAUCAACCACAACUCUGAGGUCAACUACAACUAUUCCAACGACCACCAUAAGGUCCACAACGUUACCGUCAACCACAGCUUUGAGGUCCACUACAACUAUUCCAUCCACAACCAGAGCAAGGUCAACCACAGCAAGGUCAACCACAUCUUUGAGAACAUCUGCGACACAGACAACCACACCCCUUAGUUCAACUUCCCCCGUGAAGACAACCACGCCUCUGAGAACAACACCAUUCCAAUCAACCACAGCUGUAUUUACAACUCUGCCACCUCCAUCUACCACAAUAUCGCCAUCAACCACAACACUUCUAACUACCACUGCAGUUCACACAACCACAGCACCACCAACAACUACAGCAGGUCAAACAACCAAAGCACCUCCAACAACUACAGCUGCCCCGAGUACCACAACUGAGCAGAUCACAACAGCUGCAAUAACUACCACUUCAGAGGAGCCUUCAACAACAGUUACCACCACUGAACUGAUAACGACUGAGGGUUCUACCACAGAGGGAAUAACAACAACUGUUGUAACGACCACACCGGAGGCUACAACUACACAGAGGACAACUGUGUUUACUACAACAGAGGCUCCAUCAACAACUGAGGCUAUUUCUACUACGGUGACAAUUCGUGAAACUACAAAAUUUCCGUCCACAACAACUGCACCAACAACAACAUCCAAAGAAAGUACUACAGUUGUUGUAGCAACCACCCCUGAGUCAACAACAACUAAGGAGACAACUACUGUACUGACAACAGUUGAGACAACAACCACAGCGGCACCCACAACAACUGAGACAACCACAGUCCGUGUAUCCACCACUGAGGCUCCAUCCACCACAGCUCCUCCAUCCACCACUGAGGAAAUCACCACAACUGUUGUGAGCACAACACCUGAGUCAACUACAACACAGACCACAACGGUGAAGUCAACCACAGUGUCAACUACUUCACCACCAUCAACUACUCCAGAGGUAUGUGCGGAUGAUCUUGACAAAUUGCCAAAUGUGACGAUAAUACGCGAAGACCCAGAAUCAGGCAAUGAAUUACAACCGACUGACUGGUGGCGCCCUAGCAACCCACCCAACGAUGUUACAUCACCACACAAUGGAUCAUGUUUGGGGGCUACCUUCAGCCCACGGGUUGAAAUCACGUCGGUCAUCAUAAAGACAGAACAAGGCCCACCGGGAGACAUAACUGUUUCCUUCAAAUUUCAACCAGGUGACAGGCAACCAUACCUGCCUCUAGUAGAUGAAGCUGGCUCUCCUAUCUUUAUUGGCAAAACAGAUCAAAAGAUCUAUCUACCAUCCAGUAUGGCGUUGGUGACAGGACUCAAAGUUUGCAUCAUCACCUCAAACCCAGAUGGUUACAAAGUGAUAUUCAACGGUUGUGAACACGGAGUGACUACAACCAGUGCACCCUCAACAACAGAGGCACCCUCAACAACAGCUCCUCCAAGUACAACUGAGAAGUCAACUACUCGCGUGACAACUACAGAGUCUCCUUCAACAACUGCCCCACUUUCAACCACUCCCCCACCUUCAACGACCAAGGAGGUAACAACAGUUUCGACUACUACACCUGAAUCAACGACACGGGAGGUCACCACUGUGCAGAUCACAACAGAAGCCUCAACAACAGAAGCUAGAACCACUGUUGUGAGUACUACCGUUACUUCAACUGUACCGUCAACUACUGAGGCACCAUCGACUACUGAGGAGGUGACAACCACUGUUGUGUACACAACUACUCCAGAGUCAACUACUGUUGAAGAGACGACUACAGUACAGAGCACCACUGAAGAAAGUACAACAGGUGUCUUCCGAAUUUUUCUCCACACACCCUGGGGCUGUUCUUCAAAGGAGAAGAACAAAAAGAAAAAGAAGGCUGAUCGCAGAUCAUGCCAUUCUUCUUCAGACUCUGACAGCUCCUCUGACCGGUCCCACUGGGGCAAACGCACCCAAGGAGGCCCGGUCUACAGCGAACACUUCACAUUGGGUUGGGUGGACCAGAGACAAAGGGACCUACCACACACAGUUAGCUGUGUGCCAGAAUCCCCGCCUGUGUUCAGUCUUCACCCAUCUAUGACUUGUAUGCCUAUAAUCUCCGAGGGUGUUGCCCAGCCACCACCGCAUGGUUCUGUACAUCUAGCCCCUGCAGACGGCUCUCAUUUACCAGAGUCAACUCGGCCUUCACAAUCGGCUGAUUCAUCCAAUGAUGACGAAGAACCAGACCAAUUACAACUGCUGUCCAUCGCAGAGACGGAACUCCGUUUGCUGCAGAGGGACAUUAUACGGGUACUUAACUUACCCUCUACCGAUGAGCCCCCUCCGCCCAAUCAUAAAUCUGUCAAGCGCAGGACGGGCUCCAGAUCUAACGAUGACAAAGUGUUCCCCAAACUUCUGUUGGAUCAAGUGUGUGUGGAACACAUCGACAACAUUAUGUCAUUCUUCUUAUUCUUCUAA